AGCUCCUGCAUUGAGCGUCUGCCACCAGGUGGUCAGUGUGCAUCAUAGUGACUGGUCAUUCUUCUGUUUGAUCAAUUUGCAUAUUAGCCUUUUAUUAUAUAGGAUGUUCUGGAAACCUUGUGGUGUAGAGGUUUUUGCAUCAUGGAAAACAAACCUAGCAGAGAAAGGUAUUGUCUGAAGGAUUUGAUCUAUAAAUCAUGCUCCUGUCUCCCUUGUCUGGUCAGUGUAGAAGGUGGUGGUGAUGGCAUGGGAAGAUAAGAUAGGAUUAGAUGGCACUUGACUAUUUAGUUGUAUGGAUGGUCUCUUUAAUCUAUUGCUUUUAUAACUAGUUUCACCAAAUUUUUACUCCGGAGUACAUUUUAUUUUUACCUUUUAAAACCAACUCACUAGAGAGGAGGGCUAUUGUUGCUUUGCCUUGCUCCUUAGAUAAAAAUAUUAUAACUUUUAAAAUAUCUGUGCAUAUGACUACAAAAACAAAUAGCUAUUUAAAAAAGAAUGUCUGACAGUCCUGAAUAUUUAUUCAGAGAGCUUUUUAUCUGUCUUAUUUGCUAUCUCUCACUUUAUUUUCACCUGUGAACUUCUUUUACACAGUCAACUUUGAAUUCUUUUUGUUGAUGGUCAUUCAAGGUGGCAAACACAAAUGAAAAUUACUCUGUCAAUGUUACUUCAUCCAAUCAUUUUAUUCCAUUUCCAAGCCAGCUCUUUUUGCCACUGUAUUUAACAAGGUGUAGAGUGGCUCCCUUUGGUUAUAACGUUUUCUGCUCAUCUCCUCUUUGACAAAGUAGUGAAAUAACUAAAAACAGUCAACAGGAGGGAGGACAGGAGCUGUCAAUGUGUUGGGAACGCAGCAGUGACUUCUAAGUAAUUGAGAGUUGGCAGAAUUUUGUAGCAUUUAACUGUGAUUUGCAAUUAUAGAGAUAAGAUGUUAAUCCAAGCUACCAUAUGCCGUGCUGCCUGACCGUAUUGGAAUACAGGGUGUCUAGCUUCAGCAAUAAUGUGUUAAACAACUCUAGCUCACCCUGACCGUGGAUAGCAGACGGUCUGUAAGGAGUUCGCAAUAGAGCAUAAUUAUUUUCUUGUCUUAUUUCUUCAACUUAAAUAUUAAAUCUUCUUUUUAAAAAGAAGUGGUCUGGACUUUGAGAAAAUUAAAGGAAGAAAGGUGAUUUUAUUUUAAGUGUUUAGAAAUAAAACACUCCCAAUAGCGUGGUGUGUCUUUGAUCUUGACCUUGAGUGAUUGCAAUCUGGGAGGCAGCCUUCCAGGGACCUCGGGCUUAAAGGCAGCGAGGGACUCAGGUCAGUCACAUUCACAAAGACAUCAUGUCAUUUUGGUAAAUAGCAUCUGGAUUGAAGCUGGUGUUUCCUGUGACGCAGGGAAGGGCAGGAUGCGAGUGGCCACUGCCCUCACAGGCUGGGUCUGUGCCGCCCUCACCUGGCUUCCUGCUCCGCCGUCUUCUCCCUGGAGCGAGGACAUGCAGCCCCAGCACCUCCAGGCCCAGCCGCGGAAUCCCAGGCCCCACCACAUCACCAUCUACACCUGCAGGUGCGCUCACCUGGAACGCGCGUCCUCUGUUGCAGUGACUGUGAGGAGCAGUCGUGAUUUCCUGGGAUUUCUGCUUCAGGCCCGGAGAGCGUCCGAUCAUCAAGUAGCCGGCCCUUUCCUGCUCGUUCCUCCUCACUCCGGACUGAUGAGCUGUUUUGAAGAGGCGGAAGUCACCCACGCUGACAAGUCCCGGAAGAGAAGCCGGUCCUUCGUGUGGAAGGCCCCUGCCCAGCCCGUGGGGGACGUGCCAUUCCUUUUAUCAGUCGUCCAGUCAUAUUUCGUUUACUGGGCAAGGAUCGAGUCGUCCGCUGUGUCUCAGCGGACGAGCAGCGGAGCCCCUCCCCAUGGCCGCGUGGAGCCCGGCUCACUGCUGCCCACCCUGGGGCGGAGGCCGAGGAUGCGGAGGAAAGACCUGCCCCAGGUACCGCUGGCCGCUGUAUUCACUAGAUCCAUGCCACGAAACGCUCUCCCUCUCUUUGCAAUGUCUGUGGGCCUCUGUUUAGCUCCCAGUCUCCCUGUCACUCUUGGGCAGCAGCGCACAGAUACUCUUGCUGUUGCCCUCGCUGGGGCUGCAGAAGAGGACAGCUUCGAUCCUGUUCCUGCCAGUACUGCGGUGUCAGAGCUUCCUGGGGAUGCAGAGGCUGUGUUCCAACCGUCCUCACACACAGCUACUGCAGACAGCCGUGGCCGGCCAGCCGGCGGGGACAGCGACCCAACCUUAGAACCCUCCCUGGAUGUCCGCCAGCUGGAGAGGCUCAUGGCCCUCAGGAGAUUGUCCACCGAGGGCUUUGCUUCCAGCCCAAGUACCCACCACAGGACUCAGGAUGAUCCAAGCUUCAAUUCAUCAGAAGCUUGCCUGUCCUCAGAUAGGAAUGAACAGGACAAGGUGGAGGCCUCUAACAGGACCGUGAUGAGGCCUCGCAUGGACACCAUCCAUCUUACCUACCCUCAGCGCCUCUGGUCUUCUGGAACGCUGGCUGGGGCUGGGGCUGGGGCUGGGGCUGGGGCUGGGGCAGCCAACCCAACACUUGUCUCCCACACCUCGGCCUCUCCAGGGCCACUCACUACUGCUGGCCAAUUGGAGGCAGCUGGGGCCUCUGCCAGCUUUUUGCCUCAGUCAAAGCAUGAGGAGCUCAGAGAGGGGGAGGGAAAUGGAGAGGGCAGAGUGGGCUACCCCAGGGAGACCCACCCAAGACCCGAGGCCGGGCAAGAGGGAGCCCAUGCCCCUUCAGGGAUCUAGCUCCAGACUCUCCAACUGGGAAUCCUGCUUUGCCUUUUGGCCACCUUGGGCAUGGUUUUGGCUGCUGGCCUUUGCUAUCUGCACACCCAGUAUUGCCACAAGCGGACAGGGGUGUCCUUCAGGGAGCCUGCAGGGGGUGCGAUUGCCAGGAGUGACGGGGGUGAGGCUGUGCAUGUCAGGCAGCUUGGGGAGAACAGCUGUGUCCUGGUUGAAGCUGAAUACAACUGGAUCACCCCCUCUGUGGAUGGCAAGAAAACAGUCCUCGGAGAAGCCGUCGUCUCAGCCUCUCAGGGGCCUUCUUAGACCCUGUAGUGUCUCAGAACAGAGCUAAUGAGAAGAGCUGGGGAGCACAGGGCCCGCUGGGUGCUGUCAGCUCGCGGUUAGUGCAGGAAGCACGGAGUCCUUCCCAAGCUUUGUUGUUUCAACAACUGUAUUUAGCUGCUUUUUCUUCUUUUGCAAUUAGACGUCCUGUUUGAAGAGUUGAACUCAGCACAAUGAAUAUUGUAUAACCUGCUCAUUAACUAGACUCCAGUGGCCUCUCGGCUUCCUCUGUUGCCUUAAGGAACCCACAGAAAUAAAGAUUGUGUCCCUCCCCCUUGUGUCAGCCUCAUCUCCUCUAACUCUUAAAAAAAAAAAAAAAAAGGAAAGUGGGGUUGCGUCUCUUG